AUGGAGGGUCGCCGCCAUAUAGUUCAUUUCUUGGUGUCUGUCAUGCUAGUGUUGUCUCAUUGCUUGGUGGCCGCCGCCGGGCCUCUCCGGCGAGUUGCUGACUCACAUUGGUAUCCCGCCACCGCCACUUGGUACGGUAGCCCCGAAGGCGACGGCAGCGACGGUGGGGCGUGUGGAUACGGAUCACUGGUGGAUGUGAAGCCAUUCCGGGCUCGAGUUGGGGCGGUGAGCCCAGUAUUAUUCAAAAAUGGGGAAGGGUGCGGGGCGUGCUAUAAAGUGAGGUGCUUGGACAAAUCGAUAUGCUCUCGAAGGGCCGUGACAGUUAUAAUUACUGACGAGUGCCCUGGUGGUUACUGCUCGAAUGGCCGCACCCACUUUGACCUUAGUGGUGCCGCUUUCGGCCGGAUGGCUAUCGCCGGCGCUGGUGGCGGGUUGCGCAACCGCGGCGAAAUUUCCGUUAUCUACCGACGGACUCCAUGCAAGUAUCCUGGAAAAAACAUUGCCUUUCAUGUCAAUGAAGGAUCAACCGAUUAUUGGCUCUCACUUUUAGUGGAAUUUGAAGAUGGAGAUGGUGAUGUUGGGUCGAUGCAGAUAAGACAGACAAAUUCGAACGAAUGGCUCGAGAUGACACAUUUAUGGGGUGCAAAUUGGUGCAUUAUUGGGGGACCCUUAAGAGGACCAUUUUCUGUAAAGUUAACAACACUAUCAACGGGAAGAAGCCUAUCUGCAAGGGAUAUUAUUCCCAGCAAUUGGUCUCCAAAAGCCACUUACACUUCCCGCCUCAACUUCUACUAG